AAGCGGACCAUACAUAAAUGCCAUACCUUCCUCAACCACAUCACCUUCCUCUCCAGGCUGCGUUCUUGUCACUGCAGCGCCGCGUUAUCCUCCGCCGCGAUUCACGGCGCAUUCUCUCGCAGUGGUAGCCUGCGAUCCUCCCUACGCGUUCAUGUGACGGGCAUCUUACAGCGGAGGGACGUGAAUGCAUAGCUAGUCGUUUCGACAGUUUUUUAGCCUGAGGAUCAUUAAGUGCAUCCAGUCCCUCGAUACAAGCUCCUCGUUGCCUGCUACCAGACGAGAUUCGCAACCUGAGCCUUGCUCUCUGCUCUCUGCUCUCUGCUCUCUGUUCUUUGCUCUCUGCUCGCUGCUAGCUGCUCUCUGCUGUGCUCCAAGGGUAGACAUGGCUGCGAUUUGCUCUCUACGAUUAGCAACGGCGAGAGGCCUCCCGCCAUUCCCAUCCCUGACUUCCCCAGUGGCCCCAGCGUCUAGUACUUUCAGCUCGAGAUCUCGGCUGUGUGCCUCCUCCUCUCUCUCGCGCAUCCGAUCGACUUCCCGCCCCUUCCCUCGUCCUACACCGUUCCUAGCGCCAACCUCCUCGAAACCCGCCGCGAAUCCCGCCGCAUUCCGCGCUCGCAACUCCAGACCUCCGCCUCAAGUGACCCGCGCCGUGGCAGAGCCGCGAGGUGACAGUAGCGCUGGCUCGAGGAGCCUCAAAACGCGCGCCGUGACCGAACGGAGAGGUGACAGUAGCGGUGGCGGCGGCAGCGGCGUGGGGGUGGGAGUCCUCCUAAUCCUAGCUUGGUGGAGGCCCUAUGGCGAGGCACGCUGAGGCGACUCGCGUCGUUCCCGCUCGCGAUCGGAUUGCUCUUCGCCGUGGCUGGUCUCUGUGCUGUGGGCACCCUGAUAGAGCAGGGAGCGCGGCCAGCAGAUUACGUGGCACUCUUUCCUGACGGCACUCUGCUGAACUGGCAGCUCGUGUUGGCUCUGGGUUUCGACCACGUGUACAGCUCGCCGCUCUUCCUCUCCCUGCUGCUGCUGCUCGCCGCCUCCCUUGCUGCCUGCACGUCAGUGCGCCAGCUGCCCAUGCUCAAGGUCGCUCAGAGGUGGUCCUUCAUCCAACGGCCAGAGUCCUCCGCCAGAUGGACUUCUCUGAUUCGCUGGAGCGAGCGCAGCUUGCUGACCUGGCAACUCUGCUCAUGCGUGAAGACUAUCAGGUCUUCCAGAAAGGAUCCUCGUUAUAUGCGUUCAAAGGCCUAGUGGGGCGGCUAGCCCCCAUUGGCGUGCACGCUGCGCUGCUAUUGGUCAUGGCUGGGGGGUGCUACAGUGCGCUGGGGGGUUCCAAGGCACUACCAUGACGCCGCAGGGGUUAGACGUGGUUGUACCCACUGCGCUUCAGGGAAACAGCAUCUUUGCCCGGCCUACUACCGCCAUGAACAUGCUCGUGCAUGUGAACCGGUUCUACAUUGAGUACCGGCCGAAUGGAGAGGUGAAGCAGUUCUUCUCAGACCUCUCAGUCACGGACCUCUAUGGUAGGGAGCUCCAGAGAAAAACCAUCAGCGUCAACGACCCCCUGCGCUGCCAGGGGGUCACCAUGUACCAGACCGACUGGGCGAUCUCAGCCGUCCAGCUGCGAUCCGACGGCGGAGAGCCCUUCAAGCUGCCCAUGGCGUCGCUCCAGGAGCCGGGCAGCAGCCAAAAACUCUUUGGCACGUUCUUGCCAACGGGGGAAGAGGAGAAUGCAGCCGAGGGAGAGACAACCACCACGGGCAUAAGCAUCUUGGCUCGUGAUUUGCAGAAUGUGGUCAUCUACGACUCCAAGGGCGAGUUCGUGGGCGUGCGGCGCCCGGGAUCCAACCGACCAAUCACGGUGGAGGGGAGGAAGCUGGUGGUGGACGAGCUGAUCGGCAGCACAGGGCUCGAGCUCAAGAUGGACCCCGGGGUGCCCUACGUGUACGCCGGCUUCGGCGCCCUCAUGCUGACGACUGCUAUCAGCUACCUCUCGCACUCCCAGGUGUGGGCGGUGCGGGUGGGGUCAACGCUGUUCGUGGGAGGGAGGUCCAACCGAGCCAAGCUCACCUUUGAGCAAGAGAUGAACGCUGUUCUCGACCAAGUGCCUGAAGUGGUAACCGCGUCCGAGGCUCCAGCCCUUGUAACGGCUGCACCGGCGCUAUCAGAUCGUCCAACUGUAGACUAGGCCACCUCUAGAUCAGGGGAAAUGGAUACAGUGGGCCUGCUGCAUAAGAGGUGAACUGAACGCUGAUUGCGACGUGGCUCGCUGUGGUCAUGUGGCCUGUUUUGGUCCCCAUCAUCCCUAGUAUUUGCUGCAGGUAUAAUUAAAUUCUAGGUCUCUAAUCUGCCACGAGGUCACGUUGUGAGUUGCUCGGCCGAGCUACUGAUUCCAGAACCAGCUGUUCAGAAUCUGCCUGAGGCUGAUACACACAAAUCGAGACUAGCGUG